AUGCAGACGACCUUGUCAUCCUUAUGGCUCGGCGCUUCGGUCGAUGCAGCCACACACGACGACGGCAGCUGCCACAUUCACCAUGAUCCCGUCGCCGUCUACCUCUCCAUCUUCUUGUGUGUCGGUAUCGUCGUCUCGUACCUCCCACAGAUCUUCCGCAUCAUCCUGAAAAAGUCGUCACAGGGCUUCUCGCCCUGGUUCCUCCUGCUCGGCGCGACCUCAAGCGCUUCCAGCUUCCUCAAUGUAGUUGCACUCCAGUGGGGCAUCGUCAGUUGCUGCCCUUCCUUGCCAGCCUUGGAGUGUACCGAAUCGCUGCUGGGCAUCGUGCAAGUUGGUUUACAGUGGAUCAUGUUUGCCACUGUGUUUGUGCUGUUUCUCAUUUACUACCCUGUAGACCAGAGGUACGAACGCGCCAUCGCACUGCCGCCUGAGCGUGAUCACACCGAUCGUCGCCUUCGUGCCCAGGCCCGCAAAGCAGCCCGUAGAGCCGCCGCCGAAAGACAGGCUGCAGCUAGUGCAUCCAGCAACCAAGAAAGAUUGGCAGCGCCCGUUCGCACCUCACGAAACCUUGUGAGCGCUUCGGCCGACGAUGCUUCUUCCGCCGGCUCGGAAAACUCGGAUCUCGAUUCGGUCGACAGCCACAUUGCGCAGAACUACACCACUCAAACUCCCAAGGCCGGCGAUGACACUUCUUCGGACGAGGCUCACGAUCAGGAGCGCGAGGAUGAUUUCGAUCCCGAGGCUCUGUCGCACCCGGAUCAUUCGGCCAUCUCCAUCUCCAGGAGAGAUGCCAGCAGCAGCGCCUUUUCACGUCUCGCUCCUACCUUUUGGCCCAUGUGGAAGGCUCCUAACGGCGAAACUGCUCAAGCUCCGGGUCGUGGAAGUCAACGAGCCGAUAGUCGUGGUGUCCUCUCCAAUGCUCCUCGCGGCAUGCAGAGAAUCGAACGACAGAGGCGCGCCAAGCUCGGCAAGAGAUUGCUCCGCACCCGCAAGCGUCGCACUGAAGAGUGGAGUCUGGCGCUCUCGCUCGCCUGGGUGGUGCUAAUCCACUUCAUCUUCAUCAGCACCAUCACGUUCUUGCUCGUCAGCUCUCUCCCGAGCAAGUCCUUUCCUCCUCCAGAAGAGGUCUCGGCCCUCUCGAGCUGGUCGCAAGCGGUGGGCAGCGUGUCGACUCUCACUCUUAACAGGCCUUCUUCGCGCCUGCUCGUGUCCCGCUGGGCCGCCUUCCUUGGCAGCUCGGCAACGAUCCUUGCUGCCGGCCAGUACCUCCCACAGAUUGUGUACACCGCGCGCUCCAAGCUGGUCGGUAGCUUGAGCAUCCCCAUGAUGUGCCUGCAGGUGCCCGGAAGCGCUGUGUUUGUCUACUCGCUCGCCCUGCAGCCAGGGACCGACUGGUCGUCGCUUGCCGCUUACGUGCUCACGGGCGUAUUGCAGCUUGUCUUGCUCGUGCUCUGCGUAGCUUGGCGCAUCCGUCAGCGACGCGCAGGCAUCGACGACUUUGGUCGUCCGCUUGCUCCCGUCUCUCCAUAA